ACUUAUAUAUGACCUUACAAUAUUGAAGCAAAAAUGAUUAUGUGUGUGUAUAUAUAUAUGUACUAAGUACCAAUCACUAGCUACAAUUUUGCAAAUGGGAAAUUGCUCUCCCAAGGGUGUCUCCGGGGACAACAGUCUCAACUCCAUCAGAAUCCUUACAGAUUCCGGGACUAUCCUAGAGUUCAAAGGCCCUAAACUAGCUUCUGAAGUCCUUAAUUCCUACCCGAACUGCGGCAUUUACCUGCAGGGCCAUAGGUCAUCACCGGUAGCCAACAACGAGCGGCUACUUGGUGGCAAAUCAUACUACCUUCUCCCACUAAGGAAGGGGGAGAACAUGUUUUGUGACAAAAGUUUCGUUGCAAACACUAUGGAAGCAGAGUACGUAGCAGCGGAAGCAGCUAGUAAGAAGAUGUCUCACAAAGCGACUGAGUUUGUUGAGAGUUUGGCAAACGGGUCAGCCCUAGAAGUGUUGCCAUCUGGUGGGGAUGGUGUUUGGAGGGUGAAAUUGAUGAUUGGCACAAAACAGUUGGAGGAGAUAUUGUCGGAACAAGGCAACACGGAGGCGUUGAUCGAGACGAUGAGGAUGGCUGCGAGCGGCUCAGCUAGCCUCACGCCAAGGCACAGCAAGAGUGGUUGGAGAUCCAACUUGUCCAGCUUGUUUAACAAGGUGCCUGCUGAUCACUGUCGGAGUGAAAGUGCAGUUAGUGGGUAUUUGCAUUGUUAAUUAAUAAGUAAUAACUAGUUACUGACCACUUAUGAAACUAUUAUGUUUCUAGGAGAGAUUGUUUAGUUAUAUUUGGUGUGUUGGGAUUUUUUGUUUGUUUGUUGUUGUUGUCGUCGUCGUCUGUGUUUGAGUGUAUUGUACAUAGAUCUGAGGAAAAUGAAGGUCUCUAUUAUAAAUUAUGGUAAAUCUUUCCAUGCCAUGUUGUAAUUUCUAUUUGAGAUAAAUUUCUUUU